AUGCAGUAUUCUUUCCCUCUCUCUUCUCUUUUUCCCCGCUCUCCCUCUCCCUCCUUCCAGGCCUUUUCUCUGGCUGUGGCUUCCCUGGCCCCCCCCUCUCUUCCUCUCUCCUUUCUGUUUCUCUGUUACUGCGCCCUUCCAGUGGCUUGCGGCCCCUCCCCCCCUCUCUCUUUCUGCCUCCCCUGUGGCUGCUGUGGGCAGCCAGCAAUUUUCUUGCCGGACAAGAAAAGGCCCUAUGAUCCUUUUGACCAUGAACGCAUUGAUAAAGUGGAGUUUUGGGUAGUUGAGGAAGAUCCAGAACUGAAGCUUGAUUAUAAGGAGUUAGAAGAGAUGCUCAAUCAAGGAGGAAAUGCAAAAGAAGGAGCAAGUUCCAAGACACCUAGAGGUCCAUCAAACAUGGUUCAGAUCGGCUACAUCGGCUUCGAGGAGGUGUUGAACACCGCACUGACCAAGGUGGGAAAUUGCCUGCAAUUUUCUAGUUCGUGGCCAUGUGGUCAGACCUUGAAGGACUGGGUAAAAGAUAUGUGCGGGAACAAAUGCAGACGAGGCAUAAACAAUGAGGCAUCACCUCUUGGAGGUACCACCAUGUCUGCUUGUAGUUAUUGUAAAGGAAAAGAUCCAUGGGUGUCACUACCAAAGGUCUGUAAUUGAGAAGGGCUGUCUCCAACUCAAACAAACAAAUGUUGGUGGAAGAGUAACAUGUGAUCGCCUUAUGUUCUUGUGGCAGCAGCCACAUCUCUUUGUGGUCAGAAGGCCUUUCAAAAGCUACGGGGGAAAGUGGUUGCAGAAAAACAGGAGCCUUGGCAUCCGUUAUAGCUGUAAACAUAAUGUUUGGUACACUUCUACCUCCACCCACACCUGUCCUCAGGAUGUGAUGUUCUUUGGCAAGCACUGGGACGUCCCUUUGCUUGGGGUACGAUUAAGCUAGAAAAAGACUCGAAUGUGUUACUGGUGAUGUUGUGAGAAAGGUAAAUAUCACUAUUUUACUUGGAAAAGUAAAAGAAAAAAUAGAUUUUUAUAGAUUUCAUGUAAAAAGAACUUUGAUUGGUACCAUUUUAGUUCUUUCAAUCUUCGCAUGAUGGUCUAUAAAUAAUUACUGUGGGCUAGCUCCA